CCAACGGAGAGGCGGGGCUUAUGCGUUCCACUGGGAGGUGAAGCCUAUAAGGGCGGAAGUAUUACAAGGCAGAGGGGUGAGAAGAGGAAUUGGGGGUAGAGAGGUGGCCGGAGUUAUUCGCGAUGUCAGAGCAAGCCGUCCUCCUGCUCAGGAAGCAGCUAGCAGAACUGAAUAAAAACCCAGUUGAAGGUUUUUCUGCUGGGCUGAUUGAUGACAAUGAUAUCUAUAAAUGGGAAGUGCUGCUAAUCGGGCCACAAGACACAUUAUUUGAGGGCGGUUUCUUUAAAGUGCACCUUACAUUUCCGGUUGACUAUCCUUUAAGGCCUCCUAAAAUGAAAUUUAUCACAGAAAUCUGGCAUCCGAAUGUUGCAAAGAAUGGAGAUGUCUGUAUAUCCAUCCUCCAUGAGCCAGGUGAAGAUAAGUUUGGCUAUGAAAAACCUGAAGAGCGCUGGUUGCCUAUACACACAGUGGAGACCAUCAUGAUUAGUGUUAUUUCUAUGCUUGCUGACCCAAACAGUGAUUCUCCAGCCAAUGUAGAUGCUGCCAAAGAGUGGAGGGAUGACCCCAAUGGUGAAUUCAAGAGGAAAGUUGCUCGCUGUGUUAGAAAAAGUCAAGAAAUGGCAUUUGAGUGAACUAUGCAUUAAAAGAAACCUGUCUCCAUCAGAUGAGCAAUAGCAUUUACAGGCAGAAGCAGAAUCCUGCUGAUGGCGUGUGGCAUCUCACUGACCUCUGUUCCAGCCCCAAGUGGACAGUUUACUGUUUAAGAAAUUAUAGGAUAGAAUUCUGUUUUAACUGCAAAACUGCAGACUGAUCUUCAAUCCUUAUCGGGAUCCUUAUUUAUUCAGAUAUAUAUUUUUGCAUAUGUCUUUUUAUAAAGGUGAAAUUUGCUUUCUUUACUGCACUAACCCUUCUAUUAGGUAAAUCUGUCUCUGGCAGUACCAUAUCCAUUCAACACAUGGAAAAUAGGGCUUAUUUCAUCUAGUGUUUCAACAACAACAACAAAUAUCACUGUGCACUGCUUGGCAAGGUUUAAAUCAGCCAGAAAUUGAAUGCUAGACUAUUUUAUACUUUGGCUUUUGCUGCUGCACAUGAUUUGAGCAUUGCAGAGAUUGACUUCAACCAGGAUGAGCUAUGGGCUGCACUUGGACAUGUUGGUAGUCCAUGCUUUGUUUAAAUUUUUUUUUAACCCAUGUUUACGCAGUAGAAUGUUCUUUUGUGUUUUUUGUCUUGUGAAGCAUUUAUUUGGUUACAAAAUUAAACUAUUUUUGAGAUGUUUUGA